CUCUCCCAAAAUUGGAACCUCAACGGCCUUUCAAUCGCAAUUCGCAGCGGUGGCUGAUAUCUGCUAAGCUCACCGUCUGUCACGAAGAUAACAACACCGCCACAUACAUAUAUAUAGAUAUAUAUGUGUAUGUAGGGCAGUGAGUGAGGCCAGAGGUCACAGCACGGUUACGUUAGCAAUACCGGAGUUUUGGGGGUUUCUAAGAAUAAUAUUCUCUGCGGCAUGGCGGUUGGCGUGGCGACGGUGGCGGAGGAUUUGAGGGCGGUGUUCUCAACGGGGAAGACGAGGAGUUACGAGUGGCGAGCGUCGCAGUUGAAGGCGCUUGAGAAGGUAGCGACCUGCCAUGACAAGGAGUUGGCGGAAGCUCUGUAUUCCGACCUCAGGAAGCCGGAGCAUGAAGCGUUCGUGUUCGAGAUUGCGGGAGUGGCAAAGGCUUGUAAGUUUGCGUUGAAGGAAUUGCGUCGAUGGAUGAAGCCAGAAAAGGUGAAAACAUCAAUGACCACUUUCCCAUCAUCAGGCGAAAUUGUGUCGGAACCUUUAGGUGCUGUAUUGAUAAUAUCAGCGUGGAACUAUCCCGUCUUGUUGUCUCUAGACCCAGUUAUUGGAGCUAUUGCAGCUGGUAAUGCUGUCGUGUUGAAGCCAUCAGAAAUUGCCCCGGCUACAUCUUCGGCACUUGCAAAGCUUCUUGGACAAUAUAUGGAUACAUCUGCUGUGAAAGUUGUCGAAGGAGGUGUGCCUGAAACUACUACCUUGCUGGAGCAAAAUUGGGAUAAAAUAUUCUACACAGGGAAUAGCAAGAUUGGCCGCAUUGUAAUGACUGCUGCCGCAAAGCAUCUUACGCCUGUGGUUUUGGAGCUUGGUGGGAAAUGUCCGGCUGUGGUUGAUUCGAAUGUCGACCUAAAAGUUGCAGCCAGACGACUAGCUGCAGGCAAGUUUUGCAACAGUGGGCAAACCUGUGUUUCGCCCGACUAUGUCUUGACUUCAAAUGAGUUUGCGCCAAAAUUGAUAAAUGCUAUUUCAUCUGAAGUUGAGAAAUUCUACGGAAAAGAUCCCUUGCAAUCGAAUGAUUUGGCAAGAAUCAUCAACGCUCGCCACUUUCAGCGCGUUGCUAACUUAUUGGACGAUGAGAAGAUUUCUGAUAAGAUUGUGUUCGGAGGCCAACGAGAUAAAACCAAUCUCAAGAUUUCUCCCACGAUUAUAUUGGAUGCCCCGGGAGACUCUCUAGUCAUGGGCGAAGAGAUUUUCGGACCUUUGCUCCCCAUUAUCACGGUCAACAAAGUCGAGGAUAGUAUCCCUUUUAUCAACGCCAAAGAAAAGCCUCUCGCUGCAUAUUUAUUCUCGAGUGACAAAAAGCUCGAGGAGAAAUUCAUUACAGGCGUCUCGGCUGGAGGCAUGACCAUCAACGACACAACUCUGCACCUUGCGGAGCAUGGAUUGCCAUUUGGAGGUGUAGGCGAAAGUGGGAUGGGAGCAUACCACGGGAAGUUCUCGUUUGACGCUUUCAGCCACAAAAAGGCAGUUUUGGUACGGAGUUUCAAAGGCGACAUAUCGGCUAGAUAUCCACCAUACACCACUCGGAAGCUCAACCUUCUCAAAGCUAUAUUGAGCGGCAACAUAAUUCGCAUUCUUCGUGCCAUUUUCGGACUGUAAGAUCUCCUAAAACUACAACUACUGCAUGUUUGUUUUCCUUAGAAAAACUUUUCAACAUUUGAAGAAGGUUCGUAAUAAAUAGAUAUUUUAGUGA